AUGCAGACCACCCAGGACACUGGCGAUCAGGGGGGCGUGACCGACACUGAGUGUCUCAUUGUUGGAUGUGGUCCUUCAGGAGCAUCUCUGGCGUGCUUCCUAGCGUCCUAUGGCCUGGAAGGCAUCAUGAUAGGAGCGGCGCCUGGCACAGCCAACACGCCCCGCGCACACAUUACCAACAUGGCGGCCUUGGAAUGCUUGCGCGACAUCGGACUCGACCGAGACAUCCUCCAAGUCGCCUCUAAGGGGCAUUGCAUGGUACACACCCGAUGGUGCCACAGUAUGGCAGGGGACGAGUUCGCGAGGCUCUACUCCUGGGGCAACGAUCCCGCGCGAAAGGGCGACUAUGAGACGGCGAGUCCCUGCGACCCUGUCGAUGUUCCACAGACUCUCCUUGAGCCUGUUUUAAUCCGCCACGCCUCCCACAACGGUUUCCGAGUAACUUUCAACACGGUUCUCCUGUCCUUCAGCAAGGACACAGCGACUGGCUUGAUAACUGCUGUAGUUCGCGACAAGAUCUCCAAGUUGGUCUACCGGAUCCGAACCCGCUACCUUUUCGGGGCGGAUGGAGCCCAGAGCGAGGUUGUCAAGCAGCUUGAACUCCCCCUGUCCCGGAAGCCCAGCCAAGGCCUUGCCAUCAACGUGUUGGUCAAGGCGGACCUCUCCCACCUGGUCGACUCUCGCCGAGGCAACCUUCACUGGAUAAUGCAACCGGAUCUAGAACAUCCUGAGUUCGGCUGGCUGGGCAUCGUACGCAUGGUGAAGCCGUGGGAUGAGUGGAUGUUUAUCCUGUUCCCUAACCGUGACUGGGAUACCAAGGGUCAGCCGACGAGCGAGCAAUAUCUCGAACGCAUCCGCCAGUUUAUCGGAGACGACACACCCGCCGAGAUCUUGAACACGUCCAAAUGGUUCAUCAAUGAGAUUGUGGCCGAGGAAUAUUCGCGUGGCAACAUAUUCUGUUUGGGCGAUGCCGUGCACCGCCACCCUCCGAUGAACGGACUGGGGUCCAACACAUGCAUCCAGGAUGCCUUCAACCUGGCCUGGAAGAUCGCCUAUGUCCACAACGGCUGGGCUUCUCCCGCCCUCCUCCAGACAUACAGCCAGGAGAGGCAGCCUGUCGGACAAUCCAUCAUCGCGCGGGCAAACCAAGCUUUCCGUGACCACUCUGAUAUCUGGAAUGCUAUCGGCGCUCUGCCCUCUGACGAUGUCGAAGCCCGGCGUCGCAUUUUGGACGAACUCAAGUCGGCUACUCCCGAAGGCGAGGCACGGCGCAAGUUUUUCCAUGCAGCUAUCAAGAAUUCGUCUCACGAGUUCCACGGUCUGGGAAUCGAGAUGAACCAGCACUACUCGGGUGGUGCCAUCUACGAUGCUGAUGAACCCAAGCCCUACUCACCAACAGGUCGUGCCGCAGAGGAUCCCGUGCUGUACCACGAGCCUAGCACGUACCCUGGCCGCCGACUGCCACACGUAUGGCUCAACACGACGAUCCCCUCAAACGCCGUCAGCACGAUAGACCUAGCCGGGGGUGGCAGCUUUGUGCUGUUCACCGGCAUAGGCGGUGACGCUUGGAAGACGGCAGCCCAGCGCGUCGGCGACCACCUCGGAACCCCUCUCAAGGCCUACUCGAUCGGCUUUCGCCAAGAGUGGGAGGAUUUCUAUUUCAGCUGGCAGGAGGUCAGAGGGGUUGAGAAUUCAGGGGUCGUUCUGGUCCGUCCAGACCGAGUUGUCGCCUGGCGAGCUCAAAAGGUGCUGCCCAGCGAAGAGGAAUGUGUAGAAAAGCUUUGCACCGUGAUGCGGAGUAUUUUGGGGUUUACUUGA